AUGGUUUCCCUGCCUGGGCUCCCAGCGGCCAGCUUGCUGCGGUUUUUGUUCCUGGGGCUGAGUGCCCUAGCAUCUCCCUCGCGGGCCCAGGUGGAGCUGCACGUGCCCGCGGGCCUCUCCAGGUUGCAGGCCGUGGAGGGAGCUGAAGUGGUGUUCCCGGUGUGGUAUACUCUAAGAGGGGAGGUGUCUUCGUUCCAGCCAUGGGAGGUGCCGGUGGUGUUCUGGUUCUUGGAACAGGAUGGAAAGGAUCUGAAGCAGGUGUUGUCCUACAACAAUGUGGUCGUGUCAAGCAAUCCUAGAGUAUCCCUGGUCCACUCCAUGCCCUCUCGGAAUGUGUCACUUCGGCUGCAGGGCCUCCAGGAGGAAGACUCUGGGUCUUACCAUUGUUCUGUGAAUGUGUAUAAAGGUCAACGCGUAACUAAAGGCUACAACAGCACAAGUUUUGAACUCAAUGUGCUGGUUCCUCCAGCUCCUCCAUCCUGCCGUCUCCUGGGCUCACCCCGUGUGGGGACCAACGUGACCCUCAGCUGCCAGUCCCCAAGGAGUAAGCCCGCCGCCCAUUAUCAGUGGGAGCGGCUGCCUCCAUCCUCCCAGGUUUUCUUUGCACCAGUUUCAGAUGACAUCCGUGGGUCCUUAAGCCUCAGAAACCUGUCCUCUUCCAUGUCUGGAGUCUAUGUGUGCAAGGCUCACAACGAGGCAGGCAGUGCCCAGUGCAAUGUGACCCUGGAAGUGAGCACAGGGCCUGGGCCUGCAGUGAUUACUGGAGCUGUUGUGGGUACUCUAGUUGGAUUGGGGCUGCUGGCUGGGCUGGUCCUCUUGUACCACCGCUGGAGCAAGGCUCUAGAGGAGCCAGCCAAUGAUAUCAAGGAGGAUGCCAUUGCUCCCCGGACCCUGCCCUGGCCAAAAGGCUCAGACACAAUUUCCAAGAAUGGAACCCUUUCCUCUGUCACCUCAGCACGAGCCCUCCGGCCACCCCAAGGCCCUCCCAGGCCUGGCGCUUUGACCCCCACGCCUAGCCUGUCAAGUCAGGCCCUUCCCUCACCACGACUGCCCAGGACAGAUGAGGCCCAUUCUCAACCAGUAUCACCCAGCCCUGGUGGAGUUGCUUCCUCUGCCCUGAGCCGUAUGGGUGCUGUUCCUGUUAUGGUGCCUGCCCAGAGUCAGGCUGGGUCUCUGGUGUGA